AUGGCAUCUGUUUCUAAAACUUUAGCAAUAUUAGGACUGUUUUUCAUGUCUCCUGUUAUAAUACCAAUAGUGGUUUUGGGAGGGGUAUUUUAUGAUAUUUUCAAUUCAGAACUGCCACCUGGAAUUGAACAACCUCUAAAGCUUCGUCUCUUCCAUUCCUUGAUGAUUACAGCCCUGCUCUCGGGAAAGAUUUUGGCGAAGCUAGGGAUCUGCAGUGACUUUAGCUUAUUGCGAGUUGUGCUAGAUGGAGUACCACCAUGGAGAGAUUCCAAACUUCUUAUCAAAGAUCUCAAAGUAGAUGAGGUACCAUUGAGGAUUUAUCAGCCUAAAUGGCCACCUACUGGCAAACGAAGAGGAAUACUGUAUUUUCAUGGAGGAGCUGGCACUUUUGGGAGCAUUAGAGCCUUUGAAAGAAUUUGCCGACAUAUUGCCAAAAAAUGCAACUCAGUGGUUGUGUCUGUUGGUUAUCGUUUGGCUCCUGAACACCCAUACCCAGGGCAGUAUUUUGAUUGUCUGAAUGCCACCUUAUACUUUAUGAGGAAUUUAGAAGAGUACCACGUGGAUCCUGCUCUCAUCAUCAUUGGUGGGGACAGCUGUGGAGCUAAUUUUGCUACAGUUAUUUGCCAAAUACUGCUGAAUGGAAGAGAUCUCCCCAAAGUUCGUGCUCAGGUCUUAUUCUACCCAGGACUACAAGGGCUAGAUUUUUAUUUGCCUUCCUACCAGCAGAAUGCUUCAGUCCCCAUCUUGUUCCGUAAGCUAGUUAUCUACUUCUGUUGUCGUUACCUUAACAAAGACCCCUCACUUUUGGAAGAUGUCCUACAAAGUUGCCACGUUCCUGAGAGUAUGAGACAGAAAUACAAAAAGUGGGUAAGUGCCGACAUCGUUCCUGAUGAAUUUAAGGUGAGAGGCUACGUCCCACACAAAUCCACCUGCUAUAAGCCUCAAGUCCAUGAAGCAAUCAAAGAAAUCCUAGCAGGAACAUUUUCCCCACUUUUAGCUGAAGACUCCAUCAUUUGCCAGCUCCCUGAAGCCUUCAUUGUGACCUGUGAGUUUGAUGUCCUUAGGGACGAUGGCCUCCUGUACAAGAGGAGAUUAGAGGACAACGGUGUUCCAGUAACCUGGUAUCAUUCUGAGAGUGGUUUCCAUGGAAUUUUAGCCUUUUUUGGCUAUGGGAUUUUUUCCUUUGUAUCUGGAAAAAGGAUAAUGGAUAAUACUGUGAAUUAUAUAAACAAUUUAUAA